UUUCAACUUGCUCUCUCUCUCUCUCUCUCUCUCUCUCUCUCGCUAGCCAUUGCCAUGGAGAUGGAGCCUGGUAUGGAGGUUAGCCACCAAGAGGUGGUGAAGAAAGAGGAUGCAAAGAUAAAGAAAGCCCUCAAAAGAAGCCUCCUCCUGCUAAACUGUGCCAUGUUGGGCAUCGGCAACUGUGCCGGACCCCUUCUACUACGGCUCUACUUCGUCCACGGUGGCAAACGAAUUUGGUUCUCAAGCUGGUUGGAGACGGGUGGUUGGCCCGUCAUUCUAUUCCCUUUUGCAGCUUCUUACUUGAAGCGCCGCCGUAGCAAGGGAAGAGGAGAUUCACAUGAUGCCACGAGACUCUUCUUAAUGAAGCCCUUCGUCUUCAUCGCCUGUGCUAUUAUCGGCAUCCUCACCGGACUGGACGACUACAUCUACGCCUACGGCGUGUCCCUUUUACCUGUUUCGACUGUUUCCAUUAUAAUUGCAAGUCAUCUGGCCUUCACUGCAGUCUUUGCUUUUCUUCUAGUUAGGCAAAGCUUCACCCCUUUCUCCAUCAAUUCGAUCGCGUUGUUAACCGUGGCGGGCGUGGUGCUUGGCCUCAAUACAAGCGUCGACCGCCCGGCUAAUGAGUCCAACAAGCAGUAUCUGAUUGGUUUUUUCAUGACCAUCGCGGCGGCAGCAUUGUAUGGGCUGGUUCUUCCCUUGGUGGAGCUGACUUACAAGAAAGCCAAACAGACCAUUACCUUCUCUCUCGUUAUUGAGAUGCAAUUGGUCAUUUCCAUCUUUGCAACUCUUUUCUGCACAAUAGGGAUGCUCGUCAACAAAGACUUCCAGGUAAUUCCAAGAGAGGCAAGAGAGUAUGAACUUGGGGAAGCCAAGUACUACUUGGUGGUGGCAUUCACUGCAAUUAUUUAUCAGUUCUUCUUCUUGGGAGCAAUUGGUGUCAUUUUUUAUGGCUCCUCAUUAUUCGCUGCUGUCAUAAUUUGCAGUGUACUACCAAUCACAGAGGUCAUAGCCGUUUUCAUCUUCCAAGAGUCAUUCACAGCUGAGAAGGGGGUUUCUCUCGCACUGUCAUUUUGGGGUUUUGCCUCCUAUCUCUAUGGUGAGCUCAAAGCAAACAAGAAAAGCAAUGAAAUUCUAGAACCUGAAAAUCCUUGACUCAAUCCUCCAUCAUUACAAGUGUAAGAAAAACUAUUUGCGA